UCAUCUCUGUCUCCUGAAUUCUUUUCAUCAAUUUAGCUUCAACCCUCUGCAAACCCUGGUAUCCACACGAAGAGAGAGAGAGAGAGGAGAGAGAGGAGGAGGAGGAGGAGAGAGGAUGGCGAUGGUGCGGUCGGCGUUGGGGAAGAUCUCCCGCCGCCUCUCGGGAUCCUCGGCGGUGAUCUGCCAAGCCCCGCCGCUGCCCUCCCUCCACCCUGCCGCCCAGCUGAUGACGACGGCCUUCUCGUCUCCGGCCGCCGCCGCCGCUGCGCGUGUCCGCCGUAUCCCUAACCUGCAGUUCUUUGUGCAGGGUCUGCAACAUCCCCCUUUCAUCUGCAAAGGAACUGAGCGUAUGCAGUGGGCAGGACAAAAGAGGUUCUUCUCAGUGGAGGCGAAAGCUAAAGAUGCUAAGCUUAUGGAAUCAGCACGGUCGUCUGUGAAGAGGCUCAUGGCUUGGAUGAAUGAACAGGCUAACCCACGCAAUACAGCCAUAGUUUUAACAAUCAUCAAUGUGGUAUAUCUUGGUAUCUUUAUUAGAGAGUGCCUAAGAUCGGAUGAACAUGCAAAAGACUGCACUGCUGAUGAUAACGGGGACCGUAAUUCAAGCUACAGGAUAGUUAAAUAUGGAUGUCAUGACCCUUAUGCAUGUCCUUGGUACCGUGCCCUAGUUGCUCAGUAUGCUGUGAUGUUAGUACUAGUUCUUUUUACAAUGUAGUUAGUGGCAAUGUCAUCUAUCAGGAUUUCACUAUCAGACUUUUUGUAGUAAUCUGCUGUCUGGUUGUAACUGAAUCAUGGCCUUAAGUGUUUGUAAUUUGCUACCUCUGGUUGUAGCUGAAUCAUGGCCUUAAGUGGGCCCAACACUGGAUGGAUCGAAUUGAGCUAAGGCUAUGGGUUGGGCUUAAGAUGAUGGAGGACAAAAUUUGGUCA